AUGGAGGUGCUGAAUACUGUCCUGGCCUUUCUGGGACUGCUUUACCUCUGCUUGCCGGCCUUCACACAGAAGCUCUCAGCAACCGGGAAGAAUGUCUGUCUUAGUCCUAGGGACUCGUCUCACGUGUGUUGUUCUGGCUGGGCCCAGCAGGGUGAUGAGUGUACAAUACCACUUUGUGAAGGAGAAUCAGCCUGUACAGAGGACGAGCAGUGUGUUUUUCCAGGUUUCUGCAGAUGUAAACCAGGCUUUUUUGGAUUCCAGUGCAAGACUCCCUGUCCUCCUGAGUUCUGGGGCUCCGACUGUAAAGAGCAGUGUCCAUGCUACCCUUAUGGAACAUGUAACUCUACUUCAGGUGUGUGCAAGUGCUUUCCCACACGCUGGGGCAGCAUGUGCCAGAAUAUUUGCAAAUGUGGACGUCAUGGACACUGUGAUCCCCUGCAUGGCAACUGCACUUGUGAUGAGGGCUGGUGGAGCUCCACUUGCACCAAGGUGUGCCAGUGCCAUCCUUCCACCUCCACAUGUGAUCCGGGCACAGGUCAGUGCCUGUGUAAAAAAGGCUUUUGGGGUCAGAAAUGCAGCUUGCGCUGUGAAUGCUAUUUGUCACCAUGCCAACAAAACACAGGUGAGUGCCGGUGUAUUAACGGCUGGUGGGGACCAAACUGUGAUCGCCGCUGCAUUUGUGACCUAAGGCAUAGCGAGUGUGAACCGCUGACAGGCGAGUGUUUGUGCCAGUCUGGUUACAGAAGCCCCUUCUGCAAUGAGCCAUGCAGCACUGGAUACUAUGGGAGCGGAUGUACAGAGAGCUGUGGACACUGUGAGGGAAACAGGUCAUGCUCUAGGCAAGAUGGCUCGUGUGAAUCAUGUGCUCCAGGUUGGAAUGGCUCAAGGUGUGACCAGCCCUGCCCACCAGGUUACUAUGGGCACAAGUGCCAAGAGAAGUGUCCUCUCUGUAGGAAAGGAGAAACUUGUGAUACUAUGACAGGAACAUGCUCCCACUGUGAACCUGGCUGGACUGGACCAAGGUGUGACCAGCCCUGCGUCGACGGUACUUUUGGCAACGACUGCCACUUCCUGUGCAGGCCCUGCUAUAAUGGGCGCUGUGAUCAUAUAACAGGAAAGUGUGUUUGCCAUCCUGGCUUUCAGGGUGAGAGCUGUAACAGUUCGUGUCCAGAUCACCUGUAUGGAAUCAACUGUUCCUCAAUGUGUGACUGUGGGGAUGAGACAUGCCACCCUGUCACCGGAGUGUGCCCCUACAGCAGUCGAGCAGGAUUUAUUGCUUUAGGGCUUCUGAUUCCUCUGCUAGUUCUUCUAUUGGCUGUGUUGUUUUGCUGCUGCUGUUGUGGAAGUCCAGCUGUUGGAAAGGAUAGAGUGGCAGAAGGAGAUGGAAGCAGAACAAGUCGGAUGAAGCAUCAUGUCUACACAGUGCUUGCCAACAUGAGUUUAGCAAUGCCCUGUCUUACGUUCUGGUCAUCUGGGCUUCCCAGAGUUACAGUUUCUCACCAUGAUCCAGAACUUACUUUUAACCACAGUUUUAUUGAGCCUCCCUCUGCUAACUGGGUCACUGACUCGUUUGAGACAGAUGAGGACGGAGAGGCUGUGUACUGUGUCCCUCCAAGAGAAGACAUUCCAGCUGUGGCCGGGGGUGAAUUUCAGUUUCAGGAGUUAAGCUCAAAGUGUAACAUGUUCCCUGAACCAUCAACAUUCAGCAGUGAGGACAUGUCUCUGGCUUUCGGCAUCCCACGCACAUCCAGCAUCGCCAAGUCCAAGCGGCCCUCUGUCUCCUUUGCUGAAGGCACCAAAUUCAGCUCCAAAGAGCGUCGUGGCUCAACACAGGAGAACACUCGCAAAGCUAAAACCCCAUGGGGGGUCCUGAUGCUCUCUAGUUUGCAGGGGGGACAAGGAGCUCAUGAGGAGGCUGAGGCAGAGAAGGAGGAGACCAGCGAUGAGACAAAUGUCUCAGCAGAGGAGCAAGAUGCUAACUCGUUGCCUGAAGCAGACACUCAAAGGUACAGUUCCACCCCCUCAAGAAAUCAACAAACCAUCCCAGGCAGCAGACGGCCCUUGCUGUCCAAUCCAAGAAAAAACCUACAACCACAGGCCUUAUCUGGUGGCCAGGAGACAGAUACAGGCACAGAGAAGGCAUCCACUACCAUCUACAUGACCGUGGGCAAGCCUGUACGGGCAUCAAAGCCAGACAUGAGCUCUGAGGGGCCGGUGCAGGCCAUGCUGCGCAGACUGGGCAGCAUCCAGAGACAGAGAGAGGAAGCAGGACAGCCCAAAAGCAAGGGGCCAGCAGUGGCAAAGCCCCCACGCAGGAAACUGGGGGCACGGGCCAGUAUGUGGGAACAGGCUUCCAGUUCAGGACAGUCAGAUGUAGUCCUGAGGAAGCCCAGCCGGAGAAAACACACAUCGUUAAGUUCACCUUGUACAGUGGGGGCUACAGACAUGCAGCAGGACAACAGCGCCCCCAGGAGACCUCUUUCCUCAAUACUGAAAAGUGUUCCGGAAACCACUGUGCAGGACUCAAGGACAGCUUCUGAAGCCGACGCCGGGUAUGAGACAGUGGCUGCAUCAGAAGAAGUGUCCACUUCAUCUGAAGUUAUUGCUAAUAACAAUCUAACAGUACAAGAUGAAGAGCCCAAGUAUGAAAACAUUUAUAUGAAACAAUGACCUGGUCAGACUGAAAAUGCUCGUGUGUAGCUGAUUUUUAUAUGACAGAAUAUUGUUCAUCCAAAUUAUUUUAACAGAGCAGCUGUAACACUUUUCCAUUUAAAACAAAGACUUACUUUGCAACUCUGAUAAAAAUAUUUUAGGGAGGUGUAACAUGUUGGCCACUGUUUGAACUAGAAAUAUUAACCAAUCAGCUUCAAUCACAUGAAUUUAUCAUUAGAGAACUAGGCAGUCUGUUAGCUGUGUGCUAACGUUACCUUUAUUACAUCACGGUUAUAAAGUAGUUGAUAAAAUAUUUGAUGUGUUUAUCAAUAAUUGAACAUGUAUGCACACUAGGGGUGUGUUUGAAAACCUAGUGAGCUGCCUUGCUGUCUCACUGUCUACAUAGGCAGCUGCCUAAGUAGAGAGGAUUCUAAUAAGUCAUUGACUUAUAAGUCAGGUUAUUUGAACAUGCUACUUAGACAGCGAUUCCAUCAGUUUUCGCUAACUAAGCACCGUUAGCUGCAUGCCAUUCAGACCAAUGGGAUGAGGUGGCACAACACGCUAGCAUGUCAACUAACAUUUCUCUCUGUGUACCGAAAACAUUAAAUUCGCUAAAAAAACCACGAAUUUGCAAAUAAAUGACACUUGUGCAAGUUUAUACAAAUUAAAAAUCAGUAAUAACUCAGUUCGUUACACCGCACCGUCUGCCAUGUUUUUUUAUUUUUCUGUGAGAAAAGUUAUGCCGCAAUGGAUGCUGGGAUUGCCUUCACCGCUAAGGCAGCAUCGAAUGCUCACUCGUUCUUGAGUCAAAAUGGCAUUGAAAUUUUAAGAUACCUUAGUAGUGAACAUAUUAAGGCAUCUAGGAUUUUGAACAGCCUACUUCUCGGGAGUGUGCGUAGGAUGACCUAAAAUGCUGUCUAUGUAGAGAGCUCACUAGGUUUUCGAACACACCCUAAGAUACCGAAAUCCCAUUUGUUUCUGCCUGUACAUCAGAUAGCAUAGAACAUGUCCAACCUGCCAGGGCUAAAAGCUUUUAAAGAAGAAAUUGUUCGCCUACUCACUGGAUAAUAAAACAUAUCAAAGUCA